CAGUCAAACCUUUGAACUAAAACGUUACCACUUUUGUGGGUUCUUUUAGCUUCCCUUGGUGGUUUGUUUUCCUUGAAGGAAGCUUUAAAAGGGUUGCACAAGGCUAUAACUGUGGCAACCUGUCUGCAGAGAAUCAAAGAGAGAGAAAAAGGGAAGAAAAGCCCUUUGUUUAGGCUAUUGCCCUGUCUGGACAGGACCAGUGGAUUCCAGGAGGGUAAUUUCAAUAUCGAGCAGACAGUGUACUAGACAGUGACCUUGACAGUGCUAUAUGCUCGGUUUCCCAAGUUCUUUUUUUCAUGGCAGAUUUUCGUUUUGCUAAAUGACAGCGCAAGGCCUAUCGCUCGCGGUCAGAUAUGACAUCAUCGCUGAGCUAAAGAUGCACUGAUAGACGAGCAGUUGUUUGAAUGUGAAAUGCGGAUCUGUGGGGAGCACUGGAUCGGAGGCGUGGAGAGACGAGGCAAGGAGGCGCAACACAUGGCCUCUUUCUCCGAGGUAAAGUGGCGACUUAAGCCUACACGUUAGUUCACUCACUGGAUGACCAUCCGGGCCAUUUUGUUGUAAACAUCACACUACCUUGUUUUGCUUUUGCUAGCUGUUAUAAUAACACGAGAAACCGCGAAGUGAUAUCAAGACGCUCCCAGUGCUCCUCAUAAGACUGAGGCACAAGAUAUUAUAUUGGGUGGUGCUGCAUUGCGAGACUCACUAACUAGAUGCAAGAAUGUGCAGUGAUAGGAGAGGCAAUGAGCCCAAGGGACAGAAUGAAACCGCAACGGAUCCCUAAGAGCUUCUCCAGUUUAAACAUUUGAUAUUUUUCUUUCUAUUUAAGGCUAGAGCCAGGCCCGGUGCCUUUGGGUUAGGUAGAAUAUACAUGGUCACAAGUGACAGAUACAGCUAUCAAAUAUCGGCUGACUUGCAAGUCGUUCCCAAACCAAUGCCGAAAUGAAUGCUGAUGUUCUCACAUAACACUUCAUUGGCAAAUUUGUAGCACACAACUAGCGCCAUUCAGCACGCAUGUGCAAGCUGCUGUAGCCAUGAAGAUUUUUGUUAAUCCCUAACUUCAUAGUAUCAAUUAUUAAUUAAUGAAAUCAGUGUUUAUUUUUAUUUUUUGGACUCUUAUCAAUUAUUUUAUUUUCAGGAUGCCAUGUUAAGGAAGAUGAUAGAUUUCUUUUUAAAUCAGAGAAGUAGCUAUCGGCGCAUCUUGGAACAUAUUCACAUUAUUUUUAUGACUUGGGCUGUUAGCCCUCACUUUAAGCUGCCACAGCGUGAAAGACUGUUAUAUGUUUAUUCUAUUUUAUUGAUUCUAAUUUCUGCUUCUUUUAUUCAUUUAAAUGGAGCAUUUGAGUUCAAUAUCAAGUUCAACCCACUGUGACUCUGCGACGUGAACUUGAGUGGAUUGACGGCGACGUUACUUGUGUGCUUGGUUAUAUUUAGGAUUUUUUUUCUUAUUCUUAUUCCGUGUUCUUGAUGAGUCAAACUAUUUGUCCUUGACGUAGUCAGACCUUUUUGAACUGUCAUAUUUGAGACAUAAGCAGCUCCCCACUGCUGAGUUAUGAAAACUUUUGAGAUCCAUAAAUUGUUUUUUUUUCUUCCUUAUAGUCGAGAGUGGGGUGGUGGUAAAUUAUGAAUUUAUAAAGGGAAAGUGGGAUUUGCAAAAUUGUUGCUGGACUCAUAUAGCAUAGAAAGCUAUAAACGAUUGGAAAGUCUUCCUAGAUUUAUUUUUCAAUUAAUGAGGAGUCUCUAAACCCAGGACAGAAAAGGAAAAAUCAUAGGUCAGUCAUAAGAAUAUGUUUGAGGAUGAUGGUUGGGCAGUUUGAUGACCAAAGGCCACAUUAGAAAUUCUUGCGCCAGCUGUUGGCAGAAUGCCUGAAUCCUGUGCAUCUCAUGGGGAAGUUUUCUGCAGAAGAAAGUGCACUGUGGUGGAGUCUCUGAAAAGGUUUUUGUUGGAAAAAAAGAGACCUUUGUCAGAACAGAGGCAUGCCUACAGUAUGGCAUAUCACAUAUUUGUUCAGUGUCUUCAGAGCUGCAUCUACAAAUCAACUAAUUAGCGAGAUAUAAAGUAGAGAGACUCGGCUGGUUGAAUCAGUUAAGUGCCCUCUGAUAUCUUGUAAAAUUCAUAUAAAAGAAUUGUGAGAGGUAUAACAAUCCCACCAGAGUUUGGCUGCGAACGUUUAUUGGAGGUAUCUGUUAAAGUUGUUCAUGUGAGGUGUACUAGAGAAUAUUAUGUGAAAUAUACCCUCUUAAAGUAACCUUGUAGAAUAUCGUCCUCUUUUACAGAGCCAGUGGCUUCAACCUGCUGACCCCGUUACUGUAAAUAUGAGUAGAGUGCGGCAAUGAGCAUCAGUCUUUUCUUAAAACAAGCUUGUAAAAUUGGGACAUCACAGCUUUAUAUGACAUGGAAUUCAACCAUAAUUUGCUAGAAAACAAGAUGUCAUAUUCACCCUCUCCUUCAAGAAAAAUAGUUUUCAUAAGAAAUAGUAUUUAAAAAACUUUUGCCAGCUUAUAAAGAUAUUAAACGAGGCCAUGGACAGUUCCAUGAGUGUAAAAGGAGAAGCAGCCUGGGCUCCUUUUUGGGACUCAGCAGGACUCAAGUGAAGAAAAACAAGAUUCUACAUUUUUAAUAAAACGUUUAUAGUAUUUUUAAAAAGCACAUAAACCUCUGUAAUACAGAAGUUAAUGUUUUGUUUUGUCUGAGAUGGACCGAGUGGGUGGUACCAUGUGUAGCAGAAGUUAGCCUGGACACGUGGUUUGAGGAUGACCAAUCAGGCGCCCCUCCAGGUUUAACUAUGUUAAAUGUCAGAUUGCAAUAAACUAGAAGCUGUUGGUCGGGCCCGCGGAAAUGGGCGAGCAUAAUCUCCUUAAUCCAGGGUUUGUGGGACCUUUGGUAAACAUCCACACUGGAGACACAUUUUACUUUCCGAAUUUUAGAGCCUCAGGGGGACAACUGGCGGGGCUACCGUCUCUCUCCUACCCGAGAAGGGACAAUGUUUGCUCCCUCCCGUGGAAUCCUUCGGAGCCGUGCAAUGGAUACUCUCAAUCCUACUUUACCAGCCCCGUGUCUAUUAACCCUUCUUUCAAUCGGUCGUGUGAAAUUACCAGACCAGAGGAGGGUAAAUGUUAUUAUAACAACGGGAACAGGGAGACCUGUUCAGGUGGCAGCAGCCUCAAACGAGAGGAUAGGGCGAGAGACACAUCAUCAUUAACAUCUGACCACGGGAUGCACAGUGGAAUUGGCAGCACUGCCGCCUUUUCCAAAUAUGAUUACGGGACCGAGCAGCUAACGCAAGACCCGCCAUCCUGUCAGUCAAUGGAGUCCGACUCCAGCUCUUCCCUGCUCAACGAAGGCAGCAAGCCUCCAUCCAGCGACACACAGACCCUGGUGUCACCGGGAAGCCAUGCAAGCAACAUAGCCGCAGGAGGAGGUGCCCCGUGGUACCCGAUGCACACUCGGACCAGAAAGAAGCGUAAACCGUAUUCCAAACUUCAGCUGGCUGAGCUAGAAGGUGAAUUCAUGAUGAAUGAGUUCAUCACCAGGCAGCGGCGGAGGGAGCUCUCCGACCGUCUGAACCUCAGCGACCAACAAGUCAAGAUCUGGUUCCAGAACCGCAGGAUGAAGAAGAAGAGACUCAUGCUGAGGGAGCAAGCUUUGGCCUACUUUUAGAGAUGCGGCAGAAGGUGAAUCGAUAGGCAGUAAAAGCCAAGCCUUCUACGCUCCCUAAGGUCUUCUUUCGAUGCAUGCACUCAUCUAUCCAUCUUUUACAUCGCAGGCAAUUAUUACAACAUUUUCAGAUUAUUUUUCUCAAAGGUGCGGGCUACAGAAGCCCAAAAACAAGCCACUAUCUGGCACUCAAAGCUAUAUUCUACAUGUCAAUAAGACUGCCUUCAUGUUUGGUAUAAUCGCACAAAAAGCUGUGAGAAUGUGUUUUCUGUGUAGGAUGCAUCUCUUGGUUUUCCUGAUUUGUCAAGAGAUAUAAAUAGAGAUAUAAAGAAAUAUGUCGUCAAGGCAAUAGCCCAGUUUGGGAUGACACAUAAUGACAACAUCCCCUUUGUUCCAUUUUUAGUCAGAGGAAAUGAGAAGUGAGCGGGGCCACUUUGUAAAAUCUCAAAAAUCGGCCUAAAAAUAACAGUGAAGUCAGAAUGACAGAGAAGCCUGACUGGCAUGCUGGAGCCUCAUCCGCGCAAUAAUUUCUCUGAGGUUAUGAACUGAUAAAGAAGAAUCUUCCUCCCACAGACAUAGUUUGUUGGGUAAGAGGAACAUCACCUUAUCUCCUUUCCAUAGUUUUCGCCAGGCGUUGUGGGCACGUUCACGGUCACGGGCAGGAAGUCUGGAAGUCUGGGAGUCUGCAUGAGGAAAGGGAGGACUGGAACCGCAAUGUAAUCUAUAUCGAUAUCUUUAUGACUGCGCAUUGAAAAAUUAAUUGCCAUGACUUUGGUCCAUGUGCUAACAAGUUUCUAAAGGUAUUUUUCUUACUUUUAUUACCUUUCAACUUGUCUUAACAACAACCACAGAAUCCUGCAUGGGUUGCAUUUCUUUAGCUGAGUGAGAUCACCGUUUGAAUACGGGUUUGAGCUGCUAUUAAAAGUCCACGUCCAGAUUGUGCCAGUUAAAAAAUAGUGUAUUGUACAAUAAACUCGCGAGGAUCUGUAAUGGAAAUAUUCACCAAUAUAAGUACAUUUUUAGGCCAACUUGGUUAAACAAGGGAGCCGCCUAAAGUUGCAACUGGGGGCGGGGUGGAUAAGUUUUUGGGCCUAAAAGAGCAUUUCUGAAACUUGGUGCUCAUAAUGAAAAUAAAUAUGUAGAAGUUAAUUACAGGCCUACGUGUGUGCUCCCUUAAUUCGGGGGGAAUGCAGUGCAUCAUCUGUCAUGUAUAACGAGUAAGCUAUAGCAGUGAAAUGUAUUUGCAGCAUGUUAUUGAUGUGAAAUAGCUAUAAGUCAUGUUCUGCGGGCCACUUUUUCUGUAUGUGACUUUUUUAUACUUUUCCCCCCCAAACAAAUCAAAAACAAACACUCCUAAAACAUUUUUGACACAAACGUCUACAAAUAAGAAUGUAUUAUUAUUAUUAUUAUUAUUAUUAUUGUUGUUAUUAUGGUUGAAGGACGGAGGACCUAUCAGGCCUACUUAAUGUACUUGCUCUUUGCAAUGUCCUCAAUGUUGUCCCUUUCCUUACCUUGUACUCGUGUAUAACUUUGUAAAAUGAAAUUACAUAUGUUACUAUUUGCAUCCUGUUUGAGGAUCCCUUAUCGCUAUGUAAUAGCCUAGUGCUUUAUGUUAUUGAUCGUCUUGUACAAUAUCGCAUUCCAUAUAGCCUAUUUGUGGUUGAAGGGGUUGGACAUGUAGGCCUAUUAUAUUAUACUGCCAAUAAUGGAUAUAUAUAUAAAAAAUAGUAUGCAAGAAAUUUUACAUACAUACAUGACAUUUAAAGAAACCCUGUUUCAGUGUAAUAGUUGUUUGUUAUCGUUCUUUUAUUUCGUCCCUCAUUACAUUCCCUUCUUUGCGCUUGUAAGGAUUGCUACGUUGUCUUGUAAAAGUAAUAAUGAUAUGAAUGUAUAUGCGUAAGGUCUUCAAUAAACAGAAUAUUGAAACGUU